CUUGCGGGCGGGUAUCGGGUGAGAAGUGAGGUUGGGAAGCGACUUGCGCUCGCCGAGACUGCAUCUCAGGGACGAUGGCGGAGGGAGAUAAUCGCAGCACAAACCUGCUGGCUGCAGAAACUGCAAGUCUGGAAGAGCAGCUGCAAGGAUGGGGAGAGGUGAUGCUGAUGGCGGAUAAAGUCCUCCGAUGGGAAAGAGCCUGGUUUCCACCUGCCAUCAUGGGCGUGGUUUCUCUGGUGUUUCUGAUUAUCUAUUACCUAGAUCCAUCUGUGCUGUCCGGUGUUUCCUGUUUUGUUAUGUUUCUGUGCUUGGCUGACUACCUUGUUCCCAUUCUAGCGCCUAGAAUUUUUGGCUCCAAUAAAUGGGGAAAUUCUUUGUCUAGGACCACUGAACAACAGCAAAGAUUCCAUGAAAUCUGCAGCAAUCUAGUGAAAACCCGGCGCAGAGCUGUGGGCUGGUGGAAACGCCUCUUUACACUGAAGGAGGAAAAACCAAAAAUGUACUUCAUGACCAUGAUCGUCUCUCUUGCUGCGGUUGCCUGGGUGGGACAGCAAGUCCACAACCUCCUCCUGACCUACCUGAUCGUGACUUUUUCUCUGUUGCUUCCUGGACUAAACCAACAUGGCAUCAUUUCGAAGUACAUUGGAAUGGCCAAGAGGGAGAUCAACAAACUUCUCAAACAAAAAGAGAAGAAAAAUGAAUAAUGCACCUGCUUUGUUCAGUGAGGGUAAUGGAGCCUGCAUUGCCCGGAACAGUUUCUACUGUGCUGUCUGGAUACUGAAGUGGCAUGCAUAGCUCCUUGCUUUCCCUCACUCUGUCUGCCCUUAGGUAAUAGUAUUUUUCACUUGCCAGGUAUGGCUUUGUGCAUAGCGUCUUCAAGUCAAGUGUAGCUGGGUGCAUUCUCUUAAAUGGACAACUUAUUAGUGAGUAUGACUUGUUUUGAUUUUUCUCACCCAGGGUUAAUUGAAAUUUUAUUUUUAACAGCUUUCUUUAAAAUAAUCCAGUGGAGAACUUUAUUCUUUAGUACAGUUAACAGUGACUUUGGAUAAUCCUUUGAGUUGAUAUUUGCUUUAGCUGCAUACAGGGUAGUGGUCUAUGGCUACAGGAAGCUGGUUCUACCAUCUGCUUCCAUAAAACCGGCUUCAAAAACUAUCUGAAAUAGAAGCCAAGUUUACUACUUCUGAUGGAGAGACCAGUUGAAAUCCAUUCCUCAUUGUUUCUUGACCGUGGGAGGGAUUUCCCAUGGAAUAAAAUGAAACUAAUUCCAUGCUGUAGUGUGUGUAGGUUUCUCUCUUGUGCAAAACUUAGCAAUUUCUAGGAAGCAUGAGUCCCUUGUCCCACUUGGGGAAUCUGACAGGCUUAGAGCUCUUGUUCCCUGACAUUACUUCAAGUUAGUAAGUCCUUAAGGGCGUUUGAAUAGCAUACUUCCAAAAAAUCAUAGGGAGGACUUUUAGCAUAUUUCUCAUUUCAGAUUUCCAGCUGACUUCAAGUACACAAUAGGUUCAAACACACAUGACCUUUACUCCAAGACCAACGAGUAAGGGGCAGAAGUCUUCUAUGCCUAGUCAAGACUCAUUGCAGCAGAAAAUAAAAUAACCUUUUUCUCAAGUUUUAAGACCAGAAAAAGCCUCCAGGAAUAAGCCUGAGAAAAUCCCCCUUUUGGGGUAACACCGGCUACAUUUCAGUUUGCAUUGGAGACUGUACUUCCCCUUGAUGUUUCUCAGAAAAAAAAUGCAAGGGCUGCUGGUCGGAGCAGACUUGGGCUAGUUGGCCUCUGGUCUGCAUGGGUUUUGUAACUCUUUGGAAAGCUGCUUAUCACUCUUUUUCCCUCUUUGUAGCUAGAAACUUAAGAGUAGUUGAAAUUUGUAGGAUUAAACCUCCAAGGGCCAAAAAUGUGAUGUACUUGGGAGCAGUUGUUAAACUGACCGGCUGUAAGAUAGUUCUGUGGAUUUACUGCACUGGUGCUUAGACCCUGUACCUAGUGAGUGUUUCCUGCCCUUCCGUAUUGCUGUAAACAGUGGCGCCCAUUGCACUUGUGUUUGAUUUGUUUUUUUAAUGUUUCCUAUGAUAACUACCUUAAUUUUACAUGUUUCCUCAUUGUAAAUAAGCCUGUCUUCCUAUCUGGGUUUUUUUGUGAAUACUUGUUCUACCAAUUAACUACUUUGGCAGUUUUAAACCUGUAUUUCUUCUAUUUUGUUUUGUGUAAAAGGGGAAAAAUUAAAAAAAGCUGGAAUCUA